GAUACAUUCUACUGCAGUACCACUUUUGGCCACAUCUGGCGUAGUGGCAGCGCAGCUCAGUUUUGACGUCAGCAGGACGUAAAUGCUGCGACUCACGGCCUGAUCGUUCUUUUUCCCCUGCCGAGCUAUCGGGGUGGUUGGCCUGCUCUCUGUCUGGUCACUUUAACACCGAAACAGCAAAAUGAUCAUUUACAAGUGCCUCAUCAGCGAUGAUGAGAUGUUCUCAGAUACCUUCAAAGUGAAAGAGUCUGCAAAUGGGAUUUUCUUUGAAGUUGAAGGAAAAACGGUCACCAGGACAGAGGGGUUUGAUGAUGCUUUAAUUUCUGCCAACGCCUCUGCUGAAGAGGCAUCUGAAUCAAAUGAGUCAGCCACUGUCUCAGGAGUCGACAUCGUCCUCAACCACAAGCUGCAAGAGACUGGCUUUGAUAAGAAGCAGUACAUGGCUUACAUCAAAGACUACGUCAAAGCUAUCAAGGCCAAGCUGCAGGAGACCAAUCCCGAUAGAGUGGAGAGCUUCAUGGCUGACGUCCAGCCAGAAGUUAAGAAAAUCAUUUCCAACAUAAAGAACUACCAGUUUUUCACAGGGGAGUCUAUGAACCCCGAGGGCAUGGUGGGCCUGCUGGACUACCGUGAGGAUGGCAUCACACCAUUCAUGCUUUUCUUCAAAGAUGGGCUGUUGGUUGAGAAAUGCUAACAACUGCUGUUGAACUGCUGCUUCCCCAAAUGCAUCCAAAAGCAGACAAAGGGAAUGGCUGCUUUCCCUGUCCACAGCCCAAAGUCCCACCAAACGAAGAAAAAUGAAGUGUUUUGAUCACUGAUGCAGAUUUUAACUACUUUGCCUUUUGCAGUGUUUUGGUUUUGGACCAGUGUUCAUGAUGAAAACUAAAAGGCAGGACAGAAAGCAAACCUGUGACUCUGGCUGCAAACUUUAGUCUGUUUUUCUGUCUGCAAACCAUUUUAGCAACAAUCCAAAUAGUUUGAUGCCCCCCGCCUUCUUCAUGCUUGGGUUUUUGGUUGCAUUACAUGAAUCCAUCUAUAAUGCAAACACGGUUCAAUUUGAAAAUAAAAUAAAGUACCUCAA